GUUCGGCUCCCUUUAUAAGAAGAAAGACUCCUACUCUUGUAUCCUUCUUCAGUUCAGUGUCGUGGCCUACUACCCUCAUACCCUAGUACCAGAAUUAAGCAAAGACUCGUUAAGACUGGAACCCACAAUCUGUAGCUGAGAUGCCGUCGUCCGCGUCUUCUUCGUUCUUCCACAUUGUGCCGCUCGACCGCGGCGCGACAGGCAGCCACGCCAUGGACGCCUGCUACCUCUGCGGGAAGCCUCUCUCCACAAAUUUUGACAUCUUCAUGUACAGAGGUGACACGCCCUUCUGCAGCGAGGAGUGCAGGAGUGUGCAGAUGGACAUGGACGAGGCGCGUCAGAGGAUUAAGACCAACAUUCUGAAGGAGCGUGCUGCGAGAAACGAGCAGCGCCGGGGGCCGCCUGCUUCCGAGCCCAACGUCAACUGCGCGGCAAAUGUGCCCGUUGCAAGCUAAGCGGUAGAGGAAGGAAGCAUCCGCCCCACGUCAGCAAUAACGGGGGAAUAAAAAGGGAAGCAUCCAGGAUGGAGAAGCCCCUUUUCCUUGGAGAUCAUCAUCCGAUUGAGAUGAACCGAUAGAUUAUCUGCGAACUCCGAGCUUACCUUGUAUAUGGGAGCUAAGAAUUGCAAAGUAGAGCUACGUGCACGUGUAUAAGGCGCGAUGGCGGUCCGUAUUACUGUAUGGCUAAAGAAACCCGGCCAACUAUCCAGGCUGGUAUUGCUUGUGUGACCACAGACAUCCGGUGAACCGGCUAAAAACCUGUCUUAAAAGGGUUCAAUUGGAGUGUUAUAUACUCCUUUGAGGCUUUAUUUCAUACUCAUGCUUUUUUUCCUUUCAGGCUUUUGAUCUUCGCUAGUUCAAAUCAUAUUCAUUGUUCCUA